AUGGCCCCCGCCGGGGGGCAGCAGCAGCCCAUGAAGCGGCCCCGCCCCACCGAAUUCUCAGGACGCCGUGUUGUCGUCCAACCUUACAACUCGCUUUUAACUCUGAAGCGUCUAACACUGAAUGCUGACUGUGUGGUGGUUCUUGACAAUACGACUCUUAAUAGCAUUGCGGUCGAGCGUCUUCAUUUUUCAAAUCCUACAUUUGCACAAACAAACUCUUUGGUCUCCACAGUUAUUUCUGCAAGCACAACUACAUUGCGGCAUCCUGGAUAUAUGAACAAUGAUCUGGUUGGCCUUCUUGCCUCCCUGAUCCCCACUCCAAGGUGUCAUUUUUUGAUGACAGGCUAUACUCCACUGACUGUUGAGCGCCAGGUUAACAUGAUACGCAAAACAACAGUAUUGGAUGUUAUGAGAAGACUUCUGCAGACAAAGAAUGUAAUGGUGUCAUCAUAUGCUCGAACAAAAGAAGCCAGCCAGGCUAAAUAUAUCUCCAUAUUGAACAUCAUUCAAGGGGAAGUGGACCCUACACAGGUUCAUGAGAGCCUGCAAAGGAUACGUGAAAGGAAGCUUGUUAACUUUAUAGACUAGGCACCUGCAAGCAUUUAGGUUGCCCUGUCAAGAAAAUCCCCAUAUGUUCAAACAACCCACAAGGUUAGUGGUCUGAUGUUAGCUAAUCAUACGAGCAUCCGCCACCUAUUCGGCAAAUGCCUGGGACAAUAUGAAAAGCUAAGGAAAAAGCAGACUUUUCUUGACAACUAUAGGAAAUUCCCAAUGUUUGCAGUAAGAACAUUUUUCAGCAAGUUUCAAAUUUGAAAAUAUACAGUUUACAACUACUGUCAAGU